UCAAUAUUCCUAACCAAACCAGCCCACAGCUUAAUUCAACCUCGAACCAUCUUCUUGAAUCCAAAUGGCACAACAUCAAAAAACCUGCACAAUCUUGAUGAUCCUAGUGGUCACAAUGGCAGCCAGUGCAAAGGCUCAAUCAUCAGGGUGCACAAGUGUGCUGAUUAGUAUGUCACCAUGCCUUAACUACAUUUCGGGUAACACGUCAACACCAUCGUCGGGAUGUUGCACCCAACUGGCUAGUGUGGUCCGGUCUCAGCCGCAGUGCCUAUGUCAAGUUCUUAACGGUGGUGGCUCGUCUUUGGGAAUUAAUAUUAACCAGACUCAGGCUCUUGAGUUGCCUAAGGCUUGUAAUGUCCAGACACCGCCAACUAGUCAAUGCAAUGCUGCGUCUCCAACCAACUCUCCUUCAGGAACACCUUCGGGUCCAGGACGCGAAACAAACACCGUGCCAUCAACAGAUAACGGUUCAUCUGAUGCUACUUCAAUAAGAUUCACAACCAUUCCUAUAGUAUUAUCGGUACUUGUUGCCAUAUACACUACGACGUUCUAAGCUAUCCGCUUAUCUUCCUUCAAUUCUUACGUGUCGAGGGACAUGCUAUGUAUGAAAUUCUUUUUUGGCCAGUAUUUGUAUUACUUCGGAAUAAUAUAUUGAUUUUUUAAGUA